AGUGAGAAACAGCAAGAUGAAGCUUAUCACUCAUAAUAUGCUGACUUCCAACAUAAUAAAGAACACAACGAAUGGAUACCCAUUGAAAAUUGUAGCCAGUCAAAUUGAGAUAAAAACAGUUGACUUCAACCCAGAAUUUAUCACAAGGAUGUUACCGAAAAUGGAUUGGCCAGCCCUUCAUCAAGCUGCACAGUCAGUCGGCCAUGGAGAGGGCUUGCCAGAGACACUCAAAGAGAAUUACGAAGAGGAUGAGGAGUUACUUAAAAAAGUGCACCAUGUCAUGAUGCAGGUUGAAGUGAUUGAAGGAAAUCUAGUAUGUCCAGAAUCUGGCCGUCAGUUCCCAAUCAGUUCUGGAAUUCCAAACAUGUUACUGAACGAAGAUGAAGUUUGAAUAUUUGACAGAAUGAAUUACACACAACAAAUCAUUUCACCAAUCUAGGAAAUGUAGAAUACAUUUAUAUCUGUUUUGCAGGCAUCACAAAUUGUGAAAUCAAGUCUACUGGUAUCUCAAGUAUCCAACUUUUACCAAUACAUUUAUUAUGUAUCAUUGGUAACUUAAACUCUGUAUGUCAACACAGUCUGAUACUUAAUAUGUCAUUGUUUACUGAUACAUUGUAUGUCAAUGUUUACUGUUACAUUGUAUGUCAGUGUUUACUGAUACAUUGUAUGUCAGUGUUUACUGUAUGUCAGUGUUUACUGAUACAUUGUAUGUAACAGAUUACUGUUACAUUGUAUGUCAGUGUUUACUGAUACAUUGUAUGUAACAGUUUACUGAUACAUUGUAUGUCAGUUUUAAUGAUACAUUGUAUGUCAGUGUUUACUGAUACAUUGUUUGUCUGUGUUUACAGAUAUAUUGUAUAUCAAUGUCUACUGUGUGUCAAUGUUUACUGAUACAUUGUAUGUCAGUGUUUACUGAUACAUUGUAUGUAACAGUUUACUGAUACAUUGUAUGUCAGUGUUUACUGAUACAUUGUAUGUCAGUGUUUACUGAUACAUUGUAUGUCAGUGUUUACUGAUACAUUGUAUGUCAGUGUUUACUGAUACAUUGUAUGUAACAGUUUACUGAUACAUUGUAUGUCAGUGUUUACUGAUACAUUGUAUGUAACAGUUUACUGAUACAUUGUAUGUCAGUGUUUACUGAUACAUUGUAUGUCAGUGUUUACUGAUACAUUGUACGUCAGUGUUUACUGAUACAUAGUACGUCAGUGUUUACUGAUACAUUGUACGUCAGUGUUUACUGAUACAUUGUACGUCAGUGUUUACUGAUACAUUGUACGUCAGUGUUUACUGAUACAUUGUAUGUCAGUGUUUACUGAUACAUUGUAUGUCAGUGUUUACUGAUACAUUGUAUGUCAGUGUUUACUGAUACAUUGUAUGUAACAGUUUACCAGUACUUUUUGUAACAAAAUUUGUUGGUACAUUGUAUGUUGAUGCAAACAUAUUUUUGUGAAAGCACACUGGCAUAUAAAUUGUACACUAUACAUGAUUAUGUACAUUGGAAGUGGAUGAUGUUUACUACUGUAGAUAGUGAGGUGACUCCACAAAUCAAUGUACUACUGUGUGAAUGGUGAGUGGGAGUAUUGUUGUUAGAAUGUAUCUUAUGAAUGUAUAAUAAAAUGUGGAAUAAAACUUUCAGGUUGAUAA